AUGUCGAAUAUUGAUCAUAGUCAAAAUCAAAUUUCAUCAUUUAUUGAUAAUGAAGAAACUGCAUUAUCAAAAUAUGAAGAUGAAUGUGAAAGAAUGAUACAUGAAAAUUUAACUAAUGGACAAGAUUUUUAUACACAAAAAUUAUUUAUUGCAUUUCAAAAUGCAGCUACAAAUGUAACAAAAAUGUUUCGUGAACGUUCUAAUGAAACAAAUAAUUGGAAUACAUUUCAUACAGCAGCUGAAUCUGUUACAAUGCUUUAUAAAGAAAGUCUUGAUGCUUUAAAAGAUGCAAUUCAACUCGGUAUUCUCAAUGGUGAACAAACUAAAACUAAAGAUAUUUUACAUUGGACACGUCGUAGACAACGUCGUCACAUACGUUGUGAAGAAAUUUAUGAUUAUUUAAUGGAUCGUUCUACUUAUUCAACAGAUAUUGAUAGUACAAAUAAUGGUACAAUAAAUCAAUUUCCUAUUGUUGAUGAUUUACAAACAUUUCGACAAGCACUUGUUAUGGAUGAUAAUGAAACUACACAUCCUGUUGAUACAUCUUCACAUGGUCAUUCUGAACAACUUGAAAGUUUUGUUCGUCAACAAGUUGCUAAUCAAUUAGCACGUAAACGUGAUUUUCAUUCAACAGAUUUAUCUAUAGGUGAUUUUCAAAAGUUAAAACGUGCUCGACAUAUGUAA